GGAGAACUCUGUCAAACGUGCCACAUGCCAAGAUGAGCAGCUUCGGAGACGUCCUGAAGGAGGUCGGGGAGUUUGGCUUGUUUCAGAAAAGCUUGCUUGUUGCUUUAUGCAUACCCAGCAUUUUCCCGGCUUUCGAUGUCAGCAGUCAGGUGUUCGCGGGACUGAGCUUCUCUCACUGCUGCAACACGGACUGGAUCUUGGAGAGAGGUGCAAACUUGACAAAAGAGAGACAAAGAAACCUCACCAUCCCGGUGGACCGGGAUGGGAGAUUUGAAACGUGUGUCAUGUUCACCCCCGUGGAUCUGGAUUUGGAGACUAUUGAAGCACAUGGCCUCAACGGGACAACAGAAUGCAUCAGUGGCUGGGACUACGAGGUUCAACAAGGAGCGUCGAGCCUUGUCACAGACUUUGAUCUAGUUUGCGGCAAAAGUGGGUUAAUCGAGGCAUCGCAGUCCAUCUUCAUGGCAGGUAUUCUCGUUGGAUGUUUGGUGUUUGGGGCUAUUUCUGACAGGUUUGGUAGAAGACUUGCAGUCCUGCUUUCAAUUCUCCUUCUACUGUUGUUUGGAGUGAUUACGGCUUUCUCACCAAACAUCUACGUUUACAUAAUCUUUAAAUUUUUAUGUGGGUCUUCGGGUGGUGUCAUUAUUCUGAACACAUGUGUCAUGGCGGUGGAGUGGUCUGACGUUUCAAAGUCUGCUCUUUGCACAACGACCAUCAUCGCUUUCUUUUCAAUCGGACAGAUGAUUCUGUCCGGUGUUGCAUAUUUGAUCAGAAACUGGAGGAUCCUGCAACUUGUGCUCUUCAGCCCUCUUAUUGUAAUCCUGUUGCUCUUCUUCUGGUUUCUCCCAGAAUCAUCUCGAUGGCUGAUGACGCACGACAGGAAGGAGGAGGCCGUGAAGGAGCUCCGCCGGGCAGCCAAAGUUAACAAACGAAGAGUACCAGGAGAUCUGCUAGAAAAGGUACAUUUGGAAACUAUCCCGGACAGAAAGAACAUGACGGACAUCCUCCGCAUAUCAUAUUUGAGGAAACGCACUCUAAUAAUGAGCUUUAACUGGUUUGCAUCCAGCUUCCUGUUUUAUGGACUGAGCCUAAAUAUAGGGAGUUUCGGCCUAAAUAUCUACCUCACCCAGCUCAUCUUUGGCACUGUUGAAAUUCCUGCCAAUGUGGCUUGUUUGACUAUGAUUCAGCGUUUUGGGAGGAGAAUAUGUCAGGCAGGCUUCCUUUUCCUUGGAGGAAUCUCUUGUUUGGUUGCCACUGCGGUCCCAAGAGCCCUACCUUGGCUGGUGACAGUCAUUGCUAUGAUGGGAAAAUUUUCUGCUACAGCUGCCUUCAGUACAGCCUAUGUCUAUACAGCUGAAUUAUAUCCUACUGAUAUAAGACAUAGCGGUAUGGGUGUGAACUCUAUGUGUGCUCGGGUGGCGGGCAUCCUCUCACCACUAGUCAAGCUCUUGCAGGCCUACCACUAUAGCGUUCCCAUGGUGAUUUACGGCAUCAUCCCGAUGGCUGCUGGUUGUUUCAGCCUGUUGCUCCCUGAAACACUCAAUGUCGAACUCCAAGACCACAUUGAACUGAAAAAAUCCACAAAUGCACCAGAGGGGAGCCAACGCUGCGAUGAAGGGAUGGAGGAGAAACUAUAAAUCUGAAUAUAAACUAUAAUUUGUUGCAUUUCUUAAUC